GGAAUAAUAAUAAUUCAUAAAAAACCUCACGUCACAUUGUCGUUGUUUCUACGCUAUAUUUACUCCUCUUUCUCCCCAAACUAUUCUCCAACUCAAAACCGUUUCUUUCAACACAAAUCGGAGCAACAAUCGGAACAACAAGAUGUCGUGGCAAGCGUACGUUGACGACCACUUGAUGUGCGAGAUCGAAGGAAACCACCUCUCUGCUGCCGCUAUUAUCGGUCACGACGGCACUAUUUGGGCCCAAUCUGCCACCUUCCCUCAGGUCAAGCCGGAGGAAAUAACCGCCAUCAUGAAUGACUUCAAUGAACCCGGAUCACUUGCACCGACUGGUUUAUACCUCGGUGGGACCAAGUACAUGGUUAUUCAAGGCGAAGCCGGAGCUGUGAUCCGAGGGAAAAAGGGACCAGGAGGUGUUACUAUUAAAAAGACAACAAUGUCCUUGAUCAUUGGUAUCUACGAUGAGCCAAUGGCUCCAGGCCAAUGCAACAUGAUUGUCGAAAGGCUCGGUGACUAUCUCCUCGAACAGGGUUUCUAAUUUCCUUGUGGAAGCGAUACCGUACUAGUAAUUAAAGCUCCUGGAGUUGUAAGCCAGGUGGUUGAUGCUUGAUGAACAGUCUUUGAAUUGAUCAAACUUCCCCUUGUAUUAUCCUUCUCAUGACCAAGUGUGAUGGAAGUUUCUUUUCUUUUGUCUCUGGAGUGGUAUUUUUAUUAUUAUUAUUAUUAUUAUUAUUUUUAAUGGUUUGGUAUUAAUAUAACACCUUUGCUUGUGUA